AUGUGGUCCAACAACAGUGCUGCUCCCUUUUUGCUGACUGGCUUCCUGGGCUCAGAGGCAAGUCACCACUUGAUCUCUAUCCCCUUCUUUAUCAUUUACCUUUCCAUUCUUUUUGGCAAUGGCACACUUCUCUUUCUUAUUUGGAAUGCCCACAGUCUUCAUGAGCCUAUGUACUACUUCCUGGCUAUGCUGGCAGGUACAGACUUUGGGAUUACACUAACUACAAUGCCCACAGUCAUGGGCGUCCUGUUGCUGGACAAGAGGGAAAUUGCCCAGGGAGCUUGUUUUAUCCAAUCCUACUUCAUUCACACACUGGCCAUUGUAGAAUCGGGUGUCUUGCUUGCUAUGGCGUAUGAUCGUUUUAUUGCAAUCCGCACUCCUUUGAGGUACAAAUCCAUUCUUACUGACUCCCGAGUGAUGAAGAUAGGACUUGGGAUACUGCUGAGGGGUUUUGUGUCCAUUAUGCCCCCAAUUCUGCCACUCUUUUGGUUCCCAUAUUGCCGUUCCCAUGUUCUUUCCCAUGCCUUUUGCCUCCACCAAGAUGUCAUGAAACUCGCCUGUGCUGAUAUUACAUUUAAUCGUGUUUACCCAGUUUUUCUGGUCGCUGUGACAUUCUUCCUGGAUGCUCUGAUUAUUCUCUUCUCUUAUAUCCUGAUCCUUAAGACAGUUAUGGGUAUCGCCUCUGCGGAGGAGCAGGCUAAGGCCCUUAACACCUGUGUCUCCCAUAUCAGCUGUGUCCUAGUCUUUUAUAUCACCGUGAUUGGCCUGACUUUCAUCCACAGGUUUGGGAAACAUGCACCACAUGUGGUCCACAUUACCAUGAGCUAUGUGUACUUCCUCUUCCCUCCAUUCAUGAACCCCAUUAUCUACAGCAUCAAGACCAAGCAGAUUCAGAGAAGCAUUGUUCACCUGUUUUCUGUGUACAGUAGAGCCUGA